AGUUCGCAGUGGACAGCGCGCGCGGACGGAGUCUCGCGCUCUACCUAAUUUAGAAUCAUCGUCGCGCACGUCUCAGUGCUACACUAAAACGAACAAAGGGUGCUUCCUAGUUUUAUUUAGAAUUAAUAGGGCGACAUGGCGAUACACUGCCCGAGGCUCUGGUGGCUCGCCGUGGCGCUUAUGUUGUGGGCACCACGCACACAAUGCCGGGAAAUCACACACGAAGACAUCAAAGAAGCCAUGCUAUCGUUAGUCCACAUGAUCAGGAUGUCAGAAGACAAACUAGAAAGGCACGAGUUCAGAGAAAAAGCGCUUGGCGAGCAAGUAAAGAAAAUGCUAGGUAACCUAGACAAGAAGCAUAGAGCCUUAGAACCGUUGAAAGGCAUGAUCUCAAGGCUAGAUGAGCGGUUGUCGAAUGUAGAAACUAUACUGUUACAGAAAGAAGAAAGAGAAAAGGCGUCUCAGACCAAAAUUAAUGAGGUGCUUGGGAAUAUAGAGAAGGCUCUCGUGGCACUGGCACCGGACGCCGCGCCUCGAGGAGAUUUAGACAACAGUCUGUCUGGCAGCAGUGACGCUUUAAUAAGUAGGCUUGAUGCUACUGAUGCGAAGAUUGAAGCUGUGAAGACAGAGAUCAAGGGUCUGAAGAGUAGUUUAAGUCCGGAAGCGCUCCGUGGCAUGUGUUUAGAAGUAAGCUCUGACAUGAAUCCGUUCGAGAAGCACAUAACCGAAGCCGAGAAACUCCUCAAUAAGUAUGAAACGAAGCUGAACCAGUACAACGGUACUAAGGUGCAGACAGACUUCGUGCCGCUGAACGAGGUCUCACUAGCUGAUGAAGCGUGGCAUAGCAAGAUGAGUGAAGUGAUGGAACGCCAAGAGAAGGAAAUAAUAAAGAUUCAACGUCUGCUGUCUGACGCGGAAAGCAUGUGGAAAGAUCUGCCCAGACUCGCCGACCUGCACCGCUCCACCAACCAAACCAUGGAGUCCAUCAACAAAUCCACUGAAUCCUUACUUAUUAACAACGAAAUGGCUGUAACUAAGAUAUUGAACAAAUUCCGUGAGAUGGGUGAGCGGCUGGUGACCACCAACGAGGACGUACAGCGCAGCUUGACGCAGAGCAACACCACGACUGAGCGGGCCUACGCAGACAUCUCCAGGAGCUACGAAACUUUACGAACUGAGGUACAACUGCUGUCAAAGAGCGAACGUAUGAUCGUAGACACGGCGGAUAACGUCGUAGCAAUCAAGAAACGGUUUGAAUAUGGAGUCCAUCAGAUACUGAUGGAAGUCGGCGAACUCAUCAAACAACAACACAAGACCAUGAACAAAACUGUCAAUGUCAAAUUAGAAAACAUUGAAAAAACAAUAUCGAAAAAACAGACUAUCGCGCUAAACACAUUAGGAUCGAAAAUCGAAUCGGAGAUGUCACAAGUAUGGCGGCAGAUCGGCAUUAUGCACCAACAAAUCAUGAUGAGCAGCCAGGCGUUGAACAAACUCUCAGCAUUCUCAGAGGAGUACGUUAAUGCCAGUACACCGAAAAUGGAUAAAAUGAAAAAGGAGAUGGACGGCAUCACGACACGCAUUGUUGAUUUAGGGACGAACCUUAACUUCGUGAUUGGAGAACUCUCGGUAGCAACCCGCGAGUUCCGACAAAUGGCGCUCGGCCUCACGAAAGUACUCAACCAGUCUACUAAGCCCACCACGGCCUCACCUACCACUAAAGACGCCGGCCCCGGACCUCACAAGAUUGAAAGCGAAGAGAAAUUACCAUAAAUAAAUAACUGAUACCAAAUAACAUAGAAAUAUUUAAUUAAC